GGCUGCCCAACCAACAGGAAAUCUUCCCCUCGGAAGAAAUUAGAAAUCCACCAAGCGGAGCCCCGAUCCCCUUCCCAUCCCUUCUUCUCCUUCUUGCCUGGAGCCGCCACCGCCCGCUGGCCGCCCCGCGCAGUCCUGUCCUCUCGUCUCCGCCUUGUCCCUUCUCCCCGCCGCUCGGUGGCCGCCAUCGUCCUCGACCUUUUUUUUUUGGCCGGGCUCUCCCGUAAAUACCGCUCUACGCCCGCCGACAGGCGGGGCCAAGACGUUGUGUUUAGGCCACAUGUCAGUCACUUCCGUGCUUAUUUCUGCGUGCGGUUAAAGUCACCCGGUACCGUUCGCGACUAGUCCUGGUGUGGAGGUGGAGUCCAGGUCGGGCUCGCCGCCUCCGAUUCGAUCCCCUCACAGCGGAACUCAUCAGGGAUCAAUUGCUGCUUCAAAGCGCGGACAAAUUCAGCAGAUAGAUAACUUUGGAAUCCCACAGGCGCGAGAGCAGCGACCGCAGAGUCCCGACUGUCUGCUGCGACAUGAAGCCCAAGGCUGCCGGCGGCGGCGGCGAUAAGGGCCGUGGCGUGGACCCUUCGCUGCCGCGGUUCAAGUGCCAGGAGUGCCACCGGGCGCUCGUGGUCAUCGGCGUGGAGUCCUUCGCCGAUAGGCUUCCCGCUCACGCCAACUCCGGUAUGCAUGCAUCCUCUGUUCAGGGCAGUAUUAUGGGCGCGAGCAGGAUGGAUAGUUCUUACGUGGUACUAUCCAAGCAGAACAAAUCUCCAGGCCCUGGAAUCCCCCCACGCCCACCAAGUGCAGCAGCCCGGCAUGUUGAGCCAAACCAAUCAACAAGAGCAAUAGAGGGGUCAUAUAUAAUGCUUCCACCUGCUGCUGCUUCCAUAUACAAUACAUCUGCCUCUGAAGGAGGUGGUGCACAUCUGCCACCUCCAAAUCUUAACUCCACUAGCCCUUCACCAGGAAACAAUUCGGGAUUUCACUCUAGUGUGACUGUUUUGAAACGGGCAUUUGAGAUUGCUAGUUCACAAACUCAGGUUGAGCAGCCACUGUGUCUGGAAUGUAUGAGGGUGCUUUCUGAUAAGAUGGAUAAGGAGGUUGAGGACGUAAAUACUGACAUUAAAUCUUAUGACGCUUGUCUUCAACGUUUGGAGCAAGAAUCGUACAACAUCCUUAGUGAUGCUGAUUUCCACAAGGAGAAACAAAAGAUAGAGGAGGAAGAAAAGAAACUUAAGGCUGCUAUUGAAGAAGUUGAAAAGCAAUAUUCAGAAGUUACUUCUGAGAUGAAGGAUCUUGAAACAAAAUCUAAACAAUUUGAAGAAUUAGAAGAGCGGUAUUGGCAUGAAUUCAACAGCUUUCAAUUUCAGCUGACAUCUCACCAGGAAGAAAGAGAUGCCGUUUUGGCCAAGAUAGAAGUUUCACAGGUUCACCUGGAAUUGUUAAAGCGUACAAAUGUCCUUAAUGAUGCAUUCUAUAUUUCACAUGAUGGAGUGAUCGGAACAAUAAACAACUUCCGUCUCGGUCGCCUCCCUAAUGUACAGGUUGAGUGGGAUGAAAUAAAUGCUGCUUGGGGUCAGGCUGCUCUUCUGCUGCAUACCAUGGCUCAGUACUUCCCAAAAUUUCAAUACCGGAUCAAGAUUCACCCUAUGGGAAGCUAUCCAAGAGUCACAGACAUCAACAAUAAUACCUAUGAAUUGUUUGGUCCUGUGAAUUUAUUCUGGAGCACCCGGUUUGACAAAGCCAUGACAUGGUUUCUGACUUGCCUUCAAGAGUUCGCUGAGUUUGCCAUAAGUUUGGAUCAAGAGAACAAUGUUCCAAGUGACAAGUCAUUGAAGCUUCCUUACAAGAUUGAUAACGACAAAGUUGGGAGCCACACCAUCUUCUUAAGUUUUAAUAAACUUGAGAGCUGGACAAAGGCGCUAAAAUAUAUGUUGUGCAACCUGAAGUGGGUUCUCUACUGGUUUAUUGGCAAUACAAGUUUUGCACCACCCUCUGCAUCUUUGUACUUGGCGCAGUCUCCAAACAAAACGAGCUGACGUCGUGUUUAAACACUGACGAUGUCACUGACAUUAGACCCCAAGUCUCUCAUGGUAGCUGUGAUGUUGACCAAUGACAAUGACAUGUGCAUUUGAUGUACAGUACAUAAUAUACCAGGUAUAGCUAGCCUUCUUCUUCCUUGCAAGUCAUGGAUUUAUGUACCUGCCCAUUGUGUGUGUAUAUGGACUGCAUGAAUCCCAUUACUAUGCAUCAGUUGCCCACAAAAUAGUACCGUACUGAAUUCCCUGUUUGAAGUGCACUUCAAAUUACUUUUUUUUUGUUGA